CAACUGUUCUGGGCAUUCACGCACUAUUCUGUUCCACUCGCUCACAAACUCAUUUCGCAGAUCCAUUGGCGAUCUUGCAUCUCCGGUCGGAGGUGCUACAACAACGUCUUCUCAGAUUUACCUCUCUCGGGGAGUAGCCGGGACAAGGUCCACACCAGCGCUUCCUCAUACCGACCGUAGUACUGCCUCCGUCGCAUCGUAUUUUGAGUCUCCUCAUCACCACUCUCUAAGUCUGUCUCCGCCUCCAACGCCGCCAUCCUCAGCUGGCAGGGUUUCUCGCCUUUCUGAUCCCGCAAAUCAUACGCUGAUGAGCUUGAGAGAGUCUCGUCGAGAGGCCAUAGAUGCCGGGUGUUCGCCGCCUCACGCUGAGACACCGGCAAGCAGUCGUGCAGAGGCUUCAUCGUCACAUACCAAACGAUCCGACGUUCUGCGCCAUGUGUUCCCACGCUCGCAUCUUGCGCGGAACUCAUUUGCCACGUCCGGGAUCGCUUCACGGGUGGUAAAACUGUCCCACAAAAAUGGUCCGCCCCUAUCACCGGCCCGGCGUUCCAAGCCUCGUGUAGCGUUUCAUAGAGCCUUGACCUCGUUCUUCAAUACGGGCCAUACCGCAAUUACUGUACCAAUACCACACGACCCUAACAAUUCAGCCUCAUCAAGCAUUCGCUCCAGAACCAACUCAAACUCACUUCAUGGCUCCAUGCCUAGCCUAGAGUUUGUGUCUUCCGGGGCCUUUAUAUUCAGCGGUCCUAGCCUCAGAUCGCGAUCUGGCUCCUUCAACAACUCGACACCUCGUUUACCCAGCCUCAGAGAGGAUAGCGAAGACUUCAACAUGCUCCAUCGUGUACACUUCGACACAUUUUCUUUCGAUGACAUAGCUGUAGUUCAUUCAUUGAGCGAUGAAAGCUCUGCAGCUCCAAGCGCGAACCGGUCGCUACUUUCUAGUGCUCUGGCUGCUGUAUUCAUUACUUAUCUUGAUGGAGCCAGCCUCGAAGCGCUGAGAUCAACCUGCAAAGAAUGGCGUGCGGCAAUCGACCGUAACACUCCAUCUCGUCAAACUGCUUCACAUUGCCUGCCAACCGAGAUCCUUCAUAAUGUCUUCAGGUACCUGGGUCCAAGAAGCUUCAACGCUGCACGACAUACUUGCCGUCAUUGGAUGCGUGCGAGCCUGGACCGGAAGUUGCUGCGCACUAUGCUCGAGCGAGGUGGUUGGCUGAGUUAUGUGGAGAACCUCCAUACAGCAAAUCUGGCGGACCACCAACCGACCCCCUCCAAUGCAAGCAACCUGUGGUCUCUCAGUCGCAUGUUGUCGCGCGAAUGCUCUCUGAGUUUUGAAUGGACCGGAAGCGGAGUUCCCGCUAAGAAUCGGCAAGACUCUGGUGUCUUCGCAGAAGUCUCUCAUACAGAUUUCACAGACCUUGCCGGUGGUCAUUCAGGAUCCGAAGCACGGGGAAGCGCAGGGCUAGUUUUUACCACCAGCCGCUGCGGACUAUACGUGCUUGUGGGCCGCGAAACGAUCAUGUACGUAUAUCAUGUACAGGGCAGCAGCCUUGAACCAGUGACCAGCAUCGUUUGUCCUCGCAGAGUUCUAGCGAUGAGUAUGGACAUAUCCUACGGUAGGAAUGCGGUGGCUGCCUUGCUCGAAGGGCGGAUGGGUAUGGUCUGUGAGCUGCAUUUAGGCUGGGAUCUAAGCAACGACCCUCCAGGAGAAAUACUGGUAAGGGGAAACAACAGUUUAUAUGAGACGACGGCUAGAGGCGCUUCUAUCCACUCUAGCCAAACUAAAAAUUUCGAAACUGGCAUCAAUACUGCUGAUCGAUGUUCAAGAUUUGCCGCGCGUCCGGACUCACAGAUACCCUACAUUGAGUCGGUAGACGUUAAGUCGAAUCACCAAGCAACGUCACUUCAUGCAAUGCAUGACCAACGGAUGCAUGCGCAAAAUUACAUCAACCAUACUACAAAUCUGAACCUUCAGGGGCCGCGUCACAAUGCUUCCUUCACAAGCAUAUCAGACUAUGACCAGGGCAGUUGCACGCUACCGGUUGAGGAUGGCACCUCUACGUUUUACCGCCAUCUUUGUUCUGAAGAUGACCCUCCUCGUAGUGUUUCUAUCUGCCCUCAGCAUCAUUGCGUCGCAUUCGGCUGUGCGGCUGGUAUAGAGCUGCAUUGGAUCGAUGCUCUUACUGGACAAAGUUUGAGCCGCUGGUUCCCACUUACCGCACCGUCUGAUUAUCUACACUUUCUCGCACCACGUCCUGGCUUUGAUUCUGCAAAGAAAUUGCGUCUCAUCUCCAGCGCGGCUCGCCCUAACGACAAGCCAGGCAUAAGACGAAAGUUCUUCUUCGAACACCCCAAUGUCAGCUCUUUCUGGGGAUCUUUCGGAUUUCAAAACCACCCACGACGACUGGGCUCACCCCACAUCGACCACUACCAUGCGGUGCCGCUAAGCGACGGCCACCAUAUUCUCUUCAUUGACCCGAAAACCGAAAAGCUGUUCUUGGGCUGCGAUGCACCGUUAGGCGGCCCAAUGAAACUUCUUCGAAAAGUGAUGUUUCUACCGCCGUGCGUGGGCAGCCAGGCUCCGCGUCUCUACACAGCCGCUUUCGACAUGUCACUGGGUGCGCGUGUUGUUGUGGUCUUUGACGACACUUUAGUACUUUACAGCAUCCCACCCGAUGUGUAUCACUGGCUGAAUUGGUGGGAUGAGCCGUCACCUUCUGAGAGAGCGGGUAACAGUACUAUCUGGCCGGUCGCUAUUCGCGGACAGGAGAUUGGGAAGCUCCAGGGCGUGUCCGAAUUAGCGAUACAUACGGAGCCGGACAUCACAAUCUGGGGGUUCACAUUGGAUGCGCAGUGCAAGACCUGGCAAAUGAGAAACCACGCGGAUCCGAUUAUACACUGUCGCUACUACAUCUGUCGAGGCGGUGCCGUUCACGAGGUAUAUCUAACCGGAAAGCCGGGUCGAGCAGUAGCAACCCACGCAAGUUCUGCAUCCUUUGGUUCCCGUUCGCCUGUAACCUCGCGGAUCGCCUCACCAGAUUUCAUCGCGUACGGCCCGGAGCGCCCUGUCGGCUUCGAUGGCCACUGUUCGCAAACCCUUCAUGCACCUAAUCACGGCUCUAGUACCUACAGCGAACCACGACCCGUUAAAAGACUACCUGGGGCUAUGAACGUAAAGAAUGACGAAUGGGUGGAUUUCCUAGACGUGCGUGGCGGCGAUGCGUGGUUUGAGGAGAAUGGAGACGUAAUGAUGGUACGUUCUUGUCAUCCUGAUGACUAUAUCGAGAUGGGUGGACUCCUGACGAGCUGCAUAGCUGCCGUGGGAUGCGCACGUUGGCGGUAUGGAGCUGGACGCGGAGAUUGA